AUGGUGAUACCAGUGCUGUAUGCAUGGUGCUGUGGAUGGCCGUGCAGUGGGCAGAGUUAUGCUGAAGCUGAAUGUAUACGAAUGAACAAGGAUGAAGCUGUGCAGAAGAAAGAUGCUGCUAAGGUUCUCAAUUAUAUAGUUUUUGAAUGA